AUGCAUCGCUUCCUCCCAUCCUCCCGGACUCCGGGCCUCCCGGGCGUUCCACCUGCAGCCCCGGAGCCCAUCACCUGCCGCCGGACCCGCCAACUGCCUCCACCGGCCGCCCCGGAGCACGUGGGGCGCAGCCACUCGCCCCGAGCCGAGCCUCCCGCCACUGCACCGCUGCCGGCAGCUGGCGCCCGAGGAGCCCCACUGCGUCCUGCGGGGCCGGCGGCGGAAGUGACGACACCGGAAGCGGGGUCGUGGACCCCGGCUGGGGCCCAGGAACAUGGCGGCCCUGCCCCGCGGGCGCCCCGCAGCGGCUCUCCGCAGGUAAAAGGGGGCGCCGGGCCGGGGACACGGGGGACCCCGAGCGCCGAGAGGGCCCGACGACGUGGAACGGGAGCGUGGCGAUGGCCGAUGGCCGCGGAGGCGGCCUUGUGGGGUCGGGGGGGACGGGACCGCCGGAAACGGGCUCCCCCGGUCGCGGAGGACCAGCUCGGGAGCAGAGCCCGGGCACGGGCGCGGGGCUCGGCUCCGGUUGCUCGGCGUUGCUGGAGCCGCCUUUGGCCCAUGCACAAGCCUGACGCACCCCGAGCCCCCCGAAAUGUGGUGUCCCCCAGGAUCGAGAUGGGCGCUGGGGCCCCGUCGCCGCCACCCCCCAGGACACCCCCGGGAGACCGAGAAGGAAGGGAGGAAGGGGCAGGGCAUACAGCAGCCACUCGCAGAGUGGAGGUGGAUGGUGUGGAAAGCACCUCAGCCACAGGGAUCCUCCGAGCGGCACCCUGUCAUGUCCUGUACUUGCAACCAAUGACCUUCAACUAUGACUUACAGACUCCCAGUUUUCUGUCUGGGUCAGGCCUGGUUCCUAUGCAUGGCCGAAUAUGGACCCUGCGGGCAGCACAUAGCUGCCACUUGCUUCAGCAGCUGCACGAGCAGCGGAUCCAAGGUCUGCUCUGCGACUGCACGCUCGUGGUGAAAGGCGUCUGCUUCAAGGCACACAAGAAUGUCCUGGCUGCCUUCAGCCAGUAUUUUAGGUCCUCUUCCAGGAAUUCUUCAGGCCAGAAGAAUGAAGUGUUCCACCUGGACAUCAAGAACGUCAGUGGCAUCGGGCAGAUCCUGGACUUUAUGUACACGUCCCAUCUCGAGCUGACCCCGGCCAACGUACAGAUCAUGCUGAGCAUUGCCCAGUGCCUGCAAGUGCCCAAUGUGCUAGGUCUGUGCCACACAUUCCUGAAGGCCACCCGCCACCGCCGAGCAGCCUCUCCGUCCUGCCUGCUAGGUAGCAGCGUGUUCCCCCCACAGGGCACUCUGACCCCCAGACCUCGGACUGCGUCUUUGGGGACACACUACCCUCCCUUGCUGCCAGCCUGCUCAGCCGAGGUGCAGCCUAACAAAGCUCCGGAUGACGCCCAUCCCCAUGGUCGCCGCCAGGGACGCAGCAUCCUUUCCCUGGAUGAAGUGUCCAAACAGGCCCCCUCUGCCUUGGACGGCAGCGGCCCAGAGCUGCCUUUCCAGCAACCCAACCGAUGUUCCAAGCUUCGUAGCUUUUACAGUAAGCAGCUAGCGUCAACCAGCCACCUGCCCUGGUGCCGCAGAGAGUCAGAGCCGGUGGCAACCAGCCCUGAGCACCUGCCCUCUGACAUCCUCAAUCCGGCCCUGGAGCUCGAGCACCCUGCCAAGCAGAUGCGACUCAAGAAGGCUCUUCACCUCAAGAAACUCAACUUCCUCAAGUCCCAGAGAGCUGCCGAGGCCGCUGUUCACCCCCACCCGGCCCAUGACACCUCAGUCGAGAAAGCUGGCAUGCCGAGCCCCCAGCAGGACGAGAGAGAAGGACUGGGAAACCCCGAGGGCUUUGGUGGCGAUCAAGAGACAUCGAGGCCCGAGGAACUGGGCCCCCGCGGAGACCAGUCCCCAGGCCUCCAGGAGCAGAGACUGUACGCGUGCGAGUUGUGCGGGAAACCUUUCAAGCACCCCAGCAACCUGAGCUGCACAGGCUGGUCGCACACAGGUGAGAAACCUUUUGAAUGUAACAUUUGUGGGAAACAUUUCUCUCAGGCAGGCAAUUUGCAGACCCACCUACGUCGCCAUUCUGGCGAGAAGCCCUACAUCUGCGAGAUCUGUGGCAAGAGGUUCGCAGCCUCGGGGGACGUUCAGCGACACAUCAUCAUCCACUCCGGAGAGAAGCCGCAUCUGUGUGACAUCUGUGGACGAGGCUUCAGCAACUUCAGCAACCUGAAGGAGCACAAGAAGACGCACACGGCCGAGAAGGUCUUCACGUGCGACGAGUGCGGCAAGUCCUUCAACAUGCAGCGGAAGCUGGUGAAGCACCGCGUGCGACACACGGGCCAGCGGCCCUACAGCUGCUCCGCCUGCGGGAAGUGCUUCGGGGGCUCAGGCGACCUGCGACGGCACUUGCGCACGCACACUGGGGAGAAGCCGUAUGUGUGUGACAUCUGUGACAAGUGCUUCACCCGCUCAGCGGUGCUGCGGCGCCACUGCAAGAUGCACUGUCAUGCCCCCUCCCGGGACACACCGGACCGGACAGCGCAGGCCCCUGAGGCCUCUGACCUCCACCAGCCAUCCGGCUCCCUGUCCCAGGACGUGGCCGAGGCCCUGCUGCCAGCUUCGGGGAAGUUGCCCAGCCCAGAGGCAGGGCCUGGGUUCCACGGGCACCCUGCUGCUGCUGCGGGCCCCUUUUGUAAGUUCCGCUCCCUGGAGCCUCUGCCUGCUGGGAACGAGCAGGAGAAACUCACUUUGGACCCCCAGAGGCUGGCAAAGGGCCCCCUGCCACCCGCACAGCCACCGGCCUAUGCCUACUCAGAUGCCAGCGCCACCCCUGGCAACGAACUGCCGGCCGAUGGCAUGGCCCUGAUCCGCUCGUCCCUGGCCACACUGGACAGCCAUGGGCCCGACUCCCUGGGAAGCCGGGGGACUACCACGGCCUACCGGAAUGCUGAGGGGCAGUUCUUCUCUAGCAUGACGCUCUGGGGGCUUGCCAUGAAGACACUGCAGAAUGAGGGCGAGCUGGAACAGUGACGGCAGCAGAACCCUGGAUGGGACGGUGACAACAUUGAGAUCCUAGCUGGGGAGUGAUGUUAGUGAGAUCCA